AUGUUCCCGUGGAGAGGAGAACAGAGCAGAGUGUCAUUCAUUACCUGCUGGAAAUGCGUGGGCGUCCCCUCGUUGCUCGUUGUACCUGCCCGGCCUGACAUCUGGCCAGCCAGUCGUUUCCGCCCUGCUGGACGCGUUAUAGUUGCCAUCGUCUCCCCCGUUCACUCGCAAGACAAACACGGCCUUCUCUCAUCCACUCGCGCCCACCGAUAUUUUCUCCCCCAUAUCCCCAGCCUUCGACAAGGCUCUCUGCAUGGCAGUGACUCCUCAGAGUGCUUGCCACUCUCCAACCCCUCACGGCACGAGCGGGACGAAAGCCAGGGUUCAAAGUAUCCAAUCACACGUUCACGAAGAGCAAGUCAGAGCUCAGAGGGGGGCCUCGGUUGGGAGGCCUCCGGGUACCCUUUCAGUCCAACGCGGGACAAUCGGAGUCACUCCCGGACAGACGAUGAUGAGCCCAUCACGACCCAGACUGUCGUGGAGAAAUAUGCCAUCGUGCCUUUUGAAAACCUCCUGGUGUUUCCUGAGGACGUAGAGAAGGAUGACUACCUGCAUAAUCCGGACCCGAACGAUGCAGACAGAGACUGCGAUGUUUGCACGCGGCGAGGUGCAGUUAACCUGGUGGCGCUUACAGUUGUGGUGGUAGGGGUCGUGACGCUAUUUGUUGUUUAUCCCGUUUUGACAUUUAUCGAAAAGCUGAUAGAACCCUCCGGCCCUGUUUGUGCUGACGACCCGAUGUGCCUAGAUGUCGGUCCUAUUCCACAUCUUCAAAACAUUCGAUAUUCGCUAAUAGAUCCGGAUACGCCGGAGUCCGCAAAAUCGAAAAUAUCCGUUGACGGGAAGAAGUGGCAGUUGGUGUUCUCCGAUGAAUUUAACAAGGACGGUCGGACGUUCUACGAAGGGGACGAUCCUUUCUUUCAGGCUGUUGAUCUUUGGUAUGGCGUGACGAAGGAUCUAGAGUGGUAUGACCCAGACGCCGUUACCACAAAAAAUGGCAAACUCGAGAUCCGCUUCGAUGCUUUCCCAAACCACGAGCUGAAUUAUCGGUCCGGGAUGGUCCAAUCCUGGAACCAAAUAUGUUUCACAGGUGGACGUCUGGAGGCGAGUAUAUCGCUUCCCGGAAGGGGUGAUACAUCUGGUUUCUGGCCUGGGUUCUGGGCCAUGGGCAAUCUCGGUCGGCCAGGCUAUGCUGCUACGACGGAAGGGAUGUGGCCGUAUAGCUAUGACAACGUAUGUGACGCCGGCAUAACUCCCAACCAGAGCUCGACGGAUGGUAUUAGUUUUUUGCCUGGCAUGCGCCUUCCCGCCUGCACGUGCAAGGGAGAGGAUCAUCCGAGCCCUGGUAAAUCACGAAGUGCUCCUGAAAUCGAUGUUAUUGAAGCAAGCGUGCAUGCAUUAGAUCCCAAAGUACCGUCAGAUGUGGGGGAUGUGUCGCAGAGUAUGCAAGUUGCGCCGUUUGAUGUGUGGUAUAUGCCUAACUUUGACUUUUACGAACUCUACGAUCCCAGAAUAACAGCCAUAAACGACUAUCGAGGUGGUCCAUACCAACAAGCAAUCUCAGGGAUAACAACAGUAAACAACCACUGGUACGAUGGCCGCUUCUACCAAGUCUACGCGUUCGAAUACAAACCCGGGCCCAAAGGUGAAAUAACCUGGUUCGUCGGCAAGGAUAAAACCUGGAAACUCGACGCGCGGGCUCUCGGGCCAAACGGCAACAUAGGCCAACGCGUCAUCCCCGCCGAACCCAUGGCGCUUGUCAUGAACUUUGGGAUGUCGAAAACGUUUGCAUUUCUGAACGUAAGCGGUCUGGCGACGGUGAUGCCUGCGACAAUGCGGUUUGAUUAUGUGAGGAUUUAUCAGGAUCCGGAUGCUGAGGUAUGCGUGGCCGAAGAACUCGUUUAUGCAUGGAUCCUUGAGAGAAAGCUUUUGUUUAUAUGCGAUACCAGAUAG